AUGGAGAAUACUUGUGAUGCAAGUGAAGAGAAUGUUAAACCUGACGGACUCUUAGAUGCUGUACUCUCAUGGCGCAUGGAGGAUGUUCUGAAUGAAAAUCUUUACAAAGACAAGGUUCACAAGAUUCCAGAGAAGUUUAAGUCACCUACAGAUUACAAGAACUCUUUCAUUCCUCUAUUGUUUGAGGAAACACGUGCUGAUUUAUCGUCAAGCUUGAUUGCUGUGUCUCAAGCCCCUUUCUGUGAAGUUAUGGCAGUUGAAGAAAGCACACAAUUGACAUUUCCCAUUUCUGAAGCUCAGAAUCAACUCAUACAGUUUCAUCACAUCAUUCGGUUGGAAACUAAUGAAUUUGAAAAUGAUGGAAAUUACAUACCUGUGUCAGGAGAUCUCAUUGCUUUAACUAACAUUAAGCCCAAAUGCUAUAAUGACUUGAACAGAAUCAGAAGUCCCUACCGCGUUGUCUAUGUUAAUGGGGCAAUAAAUGGUUUUUCUGAUAAGAUUUCAGUUUUGUCAUGCGAAUGCAUGAAGAUGGAUAUGGAUAUUGAAGAUGACUUGUGGAACAACAAAGAGCUAUCAUCCAAAUGCACAAAGAUAGAUGUUUCUUAUGAUUUGUGGUACAACAGAAAGAUGAAACUUUAUGCAGUUUACCUUAUGAACAUGACGACAAAUGUUCGUAUUUGGAAUGCUUUGAAUUCAAUCUCACCGGUGAACAUAAUUAAAACAGUGUUGGAACCACAGCAAGUUAAUGGACAAAACUGUCAAUUUUGCCUGUCUGAACGAGAUAGUCGAUCUUCUUUCAUCAAACAAGACACGAUAAUUCGUUCUCAGAAGCUGAAUGAAUCCCAAGAGGAUGCUGUUUCAAGGUGUGUUAGUAUGAUAGAUUGUAAUCAUGCUGAUAUCAAACUUAUAUGGGGACCACCAGGGACAGGGAAAACAAAGACAGUUGCAUGCUUAUUAUUUUCUCUACUCAAGUUAAAAACCAGAACACUGACUUGUGCACCAACUAAUACUGCAAUUUUGGAAGUGGCAAUUCGGUUGCGUAGUUUAGUUAUGGAUUCACUUGAGCACGAUAGAUAUGGUUUGGGUGACAUUGUUCUAUUUGGCAAUAGCAAGAGGAUGGAAUUAAGUUCUCGUCCAGGCCUUGAAGAUAUUUUUCUUGAUAACCGGGUGAAGAAUCUUAUGCAGUGUUUUGAUCCAAAUACUGGAUGGGAGACUAGCUUGCGAUCCAUGAUAUGGUUGCUUAAGUUCAUGGAGAAUUUUGCUAAAGAAAAAAAGCAGAGUAUAGUAAAUAAAUACAACAAGAAAUUUGGUGAACUAAAUGAGAGGGUCAAGUUCUCUAUGCAAACCUUAUACACGCACAUGCCAACAUCUCUCAUUUCACCGGAAAUGGUCAAAAAAAUGCGACAUGCUCUUGAUUUGCUAAGGUCUCUGGGAAAUUCCUUGCAGCAAGCCAAAUUCAAGGGAACCAACUUUCAUUGUAUAGAUGAAAGCAUUCCUGCUUACUUUCAACCAUUGUACGUCAAAAAGGACGAGUGCCUUAUCAUCCUAAGUUCGCUUUUUGAGACAGUUUCCCUACCUAAAUUUGGCAAUAGAGAACAAGUAGCACUUAUUUGCUUGUCGAAUGCUCGUCUAGUUUUGUGUACUGCAUCAAGUUCUAUUAAAAUGAAAAACUUACCCAUGGUGAAACCAGUGCAGUUUUUAGUAAUCGACGAAGCCGCACAGCUAAAAGAAUGUGAAUCAACAAUUCCAUUACAGUUGACAGGUCUCCGCCAUUGCAUCCUCAUUGGAGAUGAUAGACAACUUCCUGCAUUGGUCAAAAGCAAGGUUGCAGAUAAGUGUGAAUUUGGACGAAGUAUGUUUGAGAGGCUUGCAAGUUUGGGAUUCGAAAGGAAAAUGCUUAAUGUUCAAUAUAGAAUGCAUCCAUCCAUUAGCUUGUUUCCAUCCAAGGAGUUCUAUGAUGGAAAGCUAUCUGAUGCCGCAGUUGUCCGAGAAGAAAGCUAUAAGAAGUUUUUCCUUGAAGGAGAACUGUACUCUUCUUAUACUUUCAUUAACAUAGAUAAGGGUAAAGAGAAACUUGUACAUGGACAAAGUUUGAAGAACAUGGUUGAGGUUGCUGUUAUUUCUGAGAUAAUUCAAAACCUUUAUAAAGUAUUCAUGAGGAGAAGGAAGAGUGUUAGCAUAGGAAUAAUAUCUCCUUAUAAUGCUCAAGUUUAUGAAAUCCAAGAGAAAGUUGAGCAGUACGCUUGGGUUUCUAAUUCCGGCUUCUCUGUUAAUGUUCGUUCUGUGGAUGGUUUUCAAGGUGGAGAGGAGGAUAUUAUUAUAAUAUCUACUGUGAGAUCUAACGGGAGUGGUAAAGUCGGUUUUCUUUCAAACAGACAAAGAACAAAUGUGGCUAUGACUAGGGCUAGAUACUGCCUUUGGAUAUUAGGGAAUGCAACUACUUUAAUCAAAAGUGACUCUAUUUGGAGAAAUGUAGUUCUUGAUGCUAAGAAAAGGGGUUGUUUCCAUAAUGCCGAAGAGGACAAGCAAUUGGCCCAGGCUAUCGGGUUCGAGUUUCAACUACUUGAAGAAUCCGAGUCUCAAUUUAAGAAACCAAAGUUAGUUGGAGAAUUUGAUUUAAGAUACAAACUCAAUAUUUUGAGGAAUCCGAGUCUCUACUUAAGAGAUUAUAGGAGGGACUCAUCCUUGAAUUGA